AGGGUAUAAUGUGCCCACAAGAACUCGAGAGCAUGUGAAACUGAGAGAGAGAGAGAGAGUUACACAGAGAGAGCUUUCUCCUGCCCAGCCGCGCCAACCUGCCCACCGGCCGGCCGUGCCAAAACACACACACACACACACACACCAUGCCCAGUGUGGAUUAACCCUCUGAAUGAAGCUGUGGGAGAUACGCUGUUCCUGGAGCUGCUGAGGAGAAGGAUGAGCAUCGCUGUGACCAGAAAAUGAAUGUCCUCAUUCCAUCACUUCAAUGAGAGUCAAAGCAGGAGGGACUAAAAUAGAGUCUCCAGAGGAAGUGAGACUGAAGCUGGACCAACAGCAUGUGAAAAAAACGUCUUUAUUGCCCAAACCAAGACAUGAGAUCAUCAAACAGCACCAGAUUUCAACAUUUUAGAGGCGUGACUCUCUGUGACUCUCAGAAAUAAGAGUUUGGUUUGGUUGGGCUCUUUGGAGGAGCUUCUGUAAGAGCUGGAGGACACAGAUUUUUGGAUUUAGCCAAUAGGAAUCCAGGAUUACACCACUCUCUGAACCUCUACCAGCUCUGAUAUCUGCUAUCUGAUGUUUCUAGAGGGUGUUUCCCACAUCAGAGGAGCUUCGAGUCUGAAUCUGAGCAGAAGAUUAGAUUCGUACACACAGGAACACACUCGCCUUGAAGACCAAACUUUCUGUGAUCUACUGAUCGGAACAUCCUUCCCCUGCUUUAUCUCAACAUACUUUCUUUCUCAGGCAGCAUCUCUUUUAGUAAAGUUAAUAUACAAUUAAAUACACUUGAGUAAACCAACUACACUCCAGACUCUGAGGGUCUUCAGUGAUUCUGAGGAGUUUUCCACAUGUUGAAUGUUUAUGUAUAUACUCUUCAAAUCACAAUUUCUGGACUAAAUCUAAAUAGCAGAGGAAAAGCCGCCCUUGUGGAAAAGACUACACACUGAUGUGUAGGAUGGAUUAUUUCCCUCAUCAGAGGAGCUGAACUAAGAGGAGGAGGAGCAUCCAGUUAAAUUCCUUUUCCUGCUUGAGAAAAAGAAGAAGAAGAAGAAGAAGAGCCUUACUCAGAACCUCAAUAUUUUUAGACUGACUUUUAGACGUUUUUGUAAGUGUUUUUUACUUUUAAGGAGUUUUUAGUCUUUUUUUAGAGUUUUUAAACUUUUUAAAGAUGUUUUAGACUUUCUUUAAGAGUUUUUAAACAGUUUCCUUUAGAGUAUUUAGGCUUUUUUUUAGAACAUUUAGGCAUUUUCUUAGAGUUUUUCGACUGUUUAAAAAGUUUUGCAACUUUCUUUUAGAGUUAUUAGGCUUUUUUAAGACUUAUUAGACUUUCUUUUAUAGUUUUUAUCCUUUCUUUUAUAGUUUUUAAUCUUUUUUAGAGUUUUAAGCCUUUCUUUUAGAGUUUUUAGUCUUUUUAAAGAGUUUUAAUUUUUUUUGUUUGUUUGUUUUAACCCGGGAUAUUUGUGUUUGGUCUGUAAAUGCGUCCCGGCGCAGCGGAGGAACCUGCAGGAACUGGCUGAACAAUGAAAGAGCAGAUCAUGGAGUUUUUUAAUGACUUGUGGGGACUCGCCACCUCCAAGCACAAUGAAGGAAUCUACAACACGGUGUGUCUGGUGGUUCUCCUCACGCUGCCGCUGGUGGUCCUCUUCACCUCGCUGGUGGUUUGCUGCCACUGCUGCUGCUGCUGCCGCUCGCACGGCUGCCGGUGCUGCUGCCACCGAGAGCGUAGCGCCGUCACGAGCAGCCAAUCAGAAAAGAGCAAGAAGAAGAAGACCAAGAAGAACGGCGGGCAGACGGAGGAGGACCUGUGGAUUUCAGUAAAGACGGACCCUACGACUCCAGACCGAGUGGCCCUCACUGUGGUGUAGCUCACAGGCUUUUUACAGGCUUUAUUCAGCACCAAAAAUCUGUGUAUAUAAGUUUACUGUAUAAUAAUUUAUGUCUCGUUUCUGAGGAACAAACGGUACUGAUGAUUGUACUGUAGUUACUUUAAAUUUGACGUGCCUGAAAAAAGGGAAAAGUAAUGAUGGAAUGAUGCAAAAUCCACAAAAAUGCUUCUUAAAAGAAGUUUCUCUAUUCUCAAUUUGGUCCAAAUCAGUUAUUUAAGCAUCCUACACUCCAGACCAGCACAUGCACUGUGAAGCUGAUUUUAAAUUAAAGGAGAAUUUACUUUUGGUGUAGUAUGACAUAAUAAAGAGUACUAACUUUUGUUAAAUAGAUCACCUCCGCUCUUCUGCAGCUUUCCAAGAUAUCAAAGUAGAUCCACAACUCAUUGCUAGAAUCCAGAGAGCCCUGACAUUUAAAACAAGGCAUUAAUAACUUUAAAAGUGCACAAAAAGCUUAUUAAAAACCACUGUUUAGAACCUGUAGAGCUAGCUUCAGCUCCGGGCGCUGCUAUCUUAUAGUAAAAAAAGGCAUGAUCAGUACAGUGAUGGUGGCGUCCAGAGAUUAGGCUAAGCUAUGUAUUGUAAAAUGUGUUUUUUAAUAAGCUUUUUGUGCACUUUUAAAGUUCUUAAUGCUUUGUUUUAAAUGUUAAAGCUCUAGAUUCUAUUAAUGAGGUUUGGAGCAACUUUAAGGCUGGAUAAUAGUGUAAAAAGCAAUUUAUCUGCAAGAAAGCUGAGCAAAAAGCAUAAAAUUACUCUUUAUCAUGUUUUACUACAACAAAAGUCCAUUUUACACUGGAGUUCUUCUUUAAUACUGUUUUUAGUGUGAAAGCAGCUUAGCAUUAGCAUUUAUCAGCAGAGAUUAUUAUUAGUUAAUAGCUGUAGUUAGUAAAUAUAAUCUGGGUAAUAAAUCAGGUUAAACUGCACCUGAACAGCCGUUUACGUUUAGCUUAAAAAUGCUGAGUAUAUUUGAUUUUAAGUUGUUUUUUGACCCUAUUUUUGAGGGUCUCCGUUUGGUUGUGAACCCGAAUUUGAUUACUGAUUUCACACCUGCUUAAAUGAACCAGAUUUAGAACCUGAUUUAACCGAACCAAAAAAAAUGGUUAAAGACCUUUUAAGUGUGUGUGAAAAGUGUGUGUUUGAGUGUAAGACUGUCUUUAACAUUUUGAAAAAGAUGAUUCUGAAAAGAAAAUGCACUGAAACUGAUAACCUUUAAAGUAUUAUUUGGUGCUUCGUUUUUUCAAAUGAUUGUAUAGCAAAUUUAACAUAAAUUUAGUUAUUUACACAAAUCAAAUUGGUCAAUUAGUUAAAUUUUGUCCAGUAUUGAUUGUAUUCUGUUAAAUUCUGUUACACACAGGUUUAACUCUGUAACAGUGCUGUUUAAAAUGAGAAGAUUUACAGGGUAAAAACUGUGUAAAAACUGCAUCUGUGUUUAAAAAUUGCUGACUGACAUUCAUAAUACAGAUAUUUUCAUCUGUGUGAAGGAGAUUUUACAUUAACACGGUUCAGUGUGAAAACAGCUUAGCAUUAGCAUUUAGCAGCAGAGAUUAGCGUUAGUUUUUAAUAGCGGUAGUAGUUCAUUAUUUGAGUGAUAAAUCAGGUUAAACUGCAUCUGAACAGCCGAGUUUGUAUGCAGGAGCUGCAGAGAUGUGAUGCUGUAGGUGAGAAAGGGACUGCUGUGUCUAUUUUGAAAACAAAACUGAUGAAAUAAAGAUAUUUUUCUA